GCUGGCUGGCUGCUGCCGCACUGCAUUGUGGGAGUUGUAGGAAGCCAGGUCAUGUGGAACGUCAGGGGAGGAUCAGGGCAGGCGCCGUACAUCGUGGGCUGGCUGCAGAGAAGAGACCGAGUCAGAGAGACUGCACACAGCUGAACUAAAAGUAAAAAAAAAAUGAGCAAUUUACCAGCUAUGCCACGACAUGACCUCCAAGGGUUACCUAGCCUUGUACAAGCAAAGGCCGUGACCUCAUCACCUAAAAAUCGCAAAGACAUGAGACACCAGGUUCCCCUGAUCAGGGACAGGAGUGUCAACGAUCAUCAGUACCCCAAGAAUAUUAAAGAGCUGUCUAAAGAGGAAACAGCUAUCUAUCAGAAUUCGUUCAAGCACAGCAUCUGCAUAGAAAUGCUGCGCCAAGGCUAUCACAAGUCUUUCUCAGAACUCUUCGCUCUGAUCCAGAAGUGGAAUGCCUUGAGGGAUGCUGGAGGGCCUGGGUCAGCCAUAUGGCAACAAAAACCCUUGGAGGAGCAGCACGAGAAACUGAAUCAACUUCAGCACUUCCUGACCAGGGCUGAGGCAGCCCAACGAGCAGGUCACUAUGAAGAAGUCUACAAAAAUCAGUUUGCACUUGCACAGUACUUCAGAAACGAUGGCCACUGGCUUUCAAAUCACUUCUUUGAAUGCUGUUUUCAGACAGCCAAAGAAAUUCACAAUGAUGGUGGAAGAAAAGAGGCUGAAGCACAUGCAAAUCUCGGCAUGGCGGGGGAAGAACACGGUCAGUUGGAGAAAGCUGCUGAGCAUUAUGAGGCAUUCUAUCAUCUAACAGCAAGCCGGUUAUGGAAAGAUGAGACAGGCCGCACUCACAACUCACUGGCCUGUGAGAACCUCUGGAGAAUAUACACACUGCUAUCAGACAAAAUGCUGGAGAACAGACAAUGGCAACAGGCCAUCAAAACUCUAAUAAAAGCACUUGAUAUGGCAAGAGAAGCUCAUGAUAAAAAAUUGGAAGGAGGAGUAGCUUAUAAACUGGGGAUGGCACAUAUUUCAUCUGGAAAUCCCCAGACCGCUAUGAAAUUUCUAUAUACGUAUAUGGAAAUCUCCAAAGAGCUUGGAGAUACUGUUGGCCUUGGAAAAGCAUAUGAAGCAAUGGCAAAGGCUCUGGAAAGCCAAGGAAAAAUAGUGGAAAGCAUCAAAUACUUGGAAAACUUUCUAGAAGUCGCCAGAAGCAGCAAUUUGUGUCAAAGCUUUGUAGAGACGUGUAUUUGCCUUGGAGACAUUUUCAAUGCAAGAGGAAACUAUGAGAAAGCAUGCCACUAUUUUUCUCAAGCCUUUGAGGCAGCAGUCAGUCUCCAAGAAAUACAGCUGAUAGAAGAGGCCCAGGUUCAUUUCGGCAUUGCGAAGGCACACACGAUGAUGCUGGCUGUGAGCAGACAUACAGAAGCUGCAGAUUAUGUCAGCAUGGAGUACCUGCUGGCAUGGAAAAAGAACAGAAGUGACAUGUUCAGUGACCCUGCUAAUGCCGUGCCAAUAGGAUCCUCUGAAGAAGCUGUUGGUGAAACACGUAAUGAUCCAUUGGCGUUGAUUCAGUGACUCUGCAGAUUGGCCCCUACAUAUGGAAGACCACUAUAUAUUUUUACACUCAACUAGUGUUUGAUCUAUUAGCGCAGGUUUCCCUGUAUUAUGUGUUUGCAUUUUCCUUUAUAUAUAGGAGAGAUAUCAUUUUUAUUAGCACACACCCUGCAUGUGUUAUGAUGUUUUUUUAUUUGUCCUAAUAAAAUGUGAGUUUUAUACACCUUUA